CAUCAUCAACGGCUUCGCUUUGCCUCUGAAGGAGGAGCACAAGAUGUUCCUGACCCGCGUGCUGCUGCCGCUUCACAAAGUCAAGUCUCUGAGCGUCUACCACCCUCAGCUCGCCUACUGCGUGGUUCAGUUCCUGGAGAAGGAGAGCAGCCUGACCGAGUCUGUGAUCGUGGGUCUGCUGAAGUUCUGGCCGAAGACCCACAGUCCGAAGGAGGUGAUGUUCCUGAACGAGCUGGAGGAGAUCCUGGACGUCAUCGAGCCCUCGGAGUUCAUGAAGGUCCAGGAGCCGCUGUUCAGACAGCUGGCCAAGUGUGUGUCCAGCCCGCACUUCCAGGUGGCAGAGAGGGCUCUAUAUUACUGGAACAACGAGUACAUCAUGAGUCUGAUCAGCGACAACGCCGCCAAGAUCCUCCCCAUCAUGUUCCCCGCGCUCUACAAGAACUCCAAGAGCCACUGGAACAAGACGAUCCACGGGCUGAUCUACAACGCUCUGAAGCUCUUCAUGGAGAUGAACCAGAAACUGUUUGACGACUGCACCCAGCAGUACAAGGCCGAGAAACAGAGAGAGAAGUUUAAGCUGAAGGAGAGAGAGGAAAUCUGGCUGAAGAUCGAGGAGCUCGCCCAGAAGAACCCUCAGAUCAAUAAGCUCCGCCCCGGGCUCCGCCCACAGGAAGAGUACUUGCUGCACGGGGACAGUCCUGCUGUGUCCUCCAUGGAGACGGAGACGCCUACUGUGGAGGACAUCCAGCUGCUGAAGAAGACCGUGGAGAGCGAGGCCUCGCAGGGCAUGAAGGACCUGAAGACGGAGAAGGUGUUGACGCGCAGGAAGUCGGAGUUGCCGCAGGACGUUUACACCAUCAAAGCUCUGGAGGCUCACAAGAGGGCGGAGGAAUACCUGACAGCCAAUCAGGAGGCUCUCUGACCGGGGGGCGGGGCCUCCUAAGCAGGACUCUCCCAUUGGAGGAAUCUGAGGACUGGCCCCGGGGUCAGACAGGAAGCUGACCUCUGACCCCUGCUGUGUAGACGUUUCUCCUCUGCUCCCUGAACGCACCGCCAGCUCCUCUCCACUGCGGGAACUCAUCUCUCCUACGCUCCCUGAACGCACCGCCAGCUCCUCUCCACUGCGGGAUCUCAUCUCUCCUCUGCUCCCUGAACGUACCGCCAGCUCCUCUCCACUGCGGGAUCUCAUCUCUCCUACGCUCCCUGAACACAUCGUUUACAUUUUAUAAAACGAGACGCACACGAGACUUAAAAACAGAUCUUCCUGACAUGAAUCUGAAAUCUGUGGGAUCACACGUUGUUUGGUUCAGAAAGUCAACUCGUAUUUCUGAAAUCAAUAUUUACUUAUUUAUUCAUUUUUGGACGUAAACAGAUUUUGUUUGCACGUGAAUAACCAUUGUUCCCGCAGUGGAAACAGCACCUGAAUGCAGCACGGAGCCCCGCCCCCUCCACCUGACCAAACAAUCACACGUCAGCACGGAGCCCCGCCCCCUCCACCUGACCAAACAAUCACACGUCAGCACGGAGCCCCGCCCCCUCCACCUGACCAAACAAUCACACGUCAGCACGGAGCCCCGCCCCCUCCACCUGACCAACCAAUCACACGUCAGCACGGAGCCCCGCCCCCUCCACCUGACCAAUCACACGUCAGCACGGAGCCCCGCCCCCUCCACCUGACCAAUCACACGUCAGCACGGAGCCCCGCCCCCUCCACCUGACCAAACAAUCACAAACACCCUGAACCUCUCACUGCGGAGCGGCUCACAGGUCAGCGUCGUUAUCUCGGAUAUCGUUUUCUUUAUUAAAAACAAAACUCAUUUUAUUAAAGAAUUAACUCGGGAUCACGGUAAUAAAAAAAACACGUAAGAUCUCGACUUCCUGUCGCGGCGGAGCGAAGUCCAGGAGCUGCACAAACAACGUCUUUUAGAGAGAAUAUGAAUAUGUAUUAUUAUUGUCAUGUGACCAGAGCCACGCCCCCUUCUGUAGGCCACGCCCCCUACUGUCGGCUGGUUUCCGAUCAGUCGCUGCACGCCGUCGUGUGAUUGGCUGUCAAUUGUUCCAGGUGUUUGUUAGCCCCGCCCACUUCUCUCGCCGCCGGACAGUUUCUCUAAAAAACUAAACUUCCUAAUUUCUUGAUUUCAGCUUCAGAACGAAAUCUAACGACUUUAUUUCAGAGUCUGGCGAAGUUCAGAAACAUUGUGACGAAGAUCGUCUCAGCUUUGUUUCUCUUUGAGUUUCACUUCCUCUCAGAUCCUCCGAAACACAAUGACACUUUUUACGAUCUAAGAUUUAAAACUCGCUAAACUUCAGGUUUAAUGAAUAUAUUCCGUCAAGACAUCGAGUUCAGGAGAGCUUUAAUGAAACAUGACACAGAAUGAGAGGCUGGUUUGUACAGAUGUUGGUGAAGAAUAAAAAGAAAUACAUGUUU